AUGACGGAGCCGACACCGCUUGUGCGCGUCACGUCCCUGCAAGGACAUGCCGAGACGGCAUGGUCUCUUGCGUGGAACCCGAAAUAUAAACUCUUAGCAACGUGCUCGACAGAUCGCGAUGUUCGGCUACAUGCCUACCAGGAGCUGCCCUCGGUAGUGACAAGCGAGAAGCAAAUGCUAUUUACGCUGCAGGACGUGAUUCCCACAGGACACAAGCGUACGGUGCGCCAAGUCGCAUGGUCGCCAAGCGGGGACAUUUUGGCGACGGCCUCCUUCGACUGCUCCAUUGGAAUUUGGGAGCGGACGCCGCAGGAGAUAUUGAACACAAAUGCAUCUGACGAGCCGGAAUGGGAGUGUUCGGGAACAUUGGAAGGACAUGACAGCGAAUGCAAAGGCGUGGCUUUCAGCCACAAUGGGAGUCUGCUUGCGAGCUGCAGUCGCGACAAGAGCGUCUGGAUUUGGGAAGUACAGCCCGACUCUGAGUUUGAGUGCCUGAGCGUGAUGAUGGAACACUCGCAAGAUGUCAAGGCAGUUGCAUGGCAUCCGCAUGAAGAACCGUACGAUCUACAGCUUGAGCUGGACGACUGGGGAUUCGCCACAGGCGCUGACGGAAAGAUUAAUGUGUUUUACAUUGGAGGCGAUGUACAUGUACCCCAGGUCCGCCUUGCCGCUUGUGUUGAAAACGGCCACGACAAUGCCGAUAUUAACUGCGUGGCAUGGGCGCCUGUACAUAAAAACAGCGAGCCUGGCAAUGACGCCGAGGAAGCACCGUUCAUGCUGGCCAGUGCGGGCGACGACGGCGUCGUGCAUAUUUGGACUCUGCCUCAGUAG